GAUUCUGUGGAUGCCAGUCAGCAGAAGGCCGCAGCCUUCCUCAUCCAGCACUUCCGCGUACAUGAAGCAAGGCAUCUGAACCUUGAGACGGAGUCCCUCUACGGAGCUGUGAUCCUCGUACCUCAAUUGGGCCGGAGUUGUGGGUGGCCUCGGGCGCUGAUGUUCGUGUCGCUGCAGGUGUAUGUUCUCUUCAUCUUGAACAGUUUCCUGCAAGCUGUACUCCUCAUGGAAAUCAGCCGCGAGCAGAAUGUUCUGGAUGU